AUGGCUGCCCGAACCUUGGACAAAAUGCGCAAGGCUCAAUCUCUCCUUCGCGAAUGCCAUAGCUGGCUCGUGGAGAACAACGAGACCCGGCUGGCAGUUGAUUUGUGUCAGAUAGAAGGCAGCCUUGCACUGUUCUUUGAGAACAGGUGCUUCGCCAAUUCCCCCUGUCCUGGGCUUCAGGGCGAGGAGCUUCCCCGGCUUCCUCCAUCCAACGGCUACAGAAAUGGAGUAUACCGCAGACCCUACAAUGGCGGCCGCAGACCCCGCCCAACCAACAGAGAUAGGGCUGAAGCCUCCGCUAGGCGUGCCAGCGGCGAGCAAAAUGUACAGGAUCAGGGGACAGCGAGUACACCCAAAGACAUAGCGAGCAAACCUACCUGCCCUGAUGCCAACCUCAAACCCCCCGAGGCUCGAGCUACCAUUACAAGAGCAUCGCCGCCAACCGGCCUGCUCUUGGACUUUGACAAUGACGUGGAACUCGUCCAACUGUCACCGAAUAUGGUAGCCGACAUGGGAACAGGAGAUGCGGAUGAUCUCAGAUCAAAGGGAAAACAGCGCCUGCCAGAGUGGCCAGCUACUACAGGCAGCGCUGAGCCAGCUCCAGAGGGGUUGGUCCAACUGGACGGCGACAAGGGGUCCCUUCACCAGACCAUUGGCACUGUGCCCAAUGCCCCCACUGCAGGUCUGGACUCCCCCCUUGGCGACUACUGCUCUCUGGCGGUUGAAGAAGGUGUUCUCCCAGUCCCGUCCCAGCUUCCAGGAACCGACGCAAAUAACUACAUCAUUAAGCGAGAAGAAAGGGAUGUUCAUGCUGAUGGUCUUGGUCCCCGGGCUGGCCACAUUCUUCAGCCCGAGGACCUGGAAGAUGAUGAAAUCGUUUUCCAGGGAAACACAGCAAAGGGUACCCGUCCGGACUUUAAGGCCUCGUUUGUCAGACGACGACUGAAAACCUCUCGUCGUGCUCUUGAUCCCAAAUUCGAUGUGACCCUUUGCUAG